AUGGAGAUCCCCACACGUCGAAGACGGAGGCCCUUGGCUGCGUGCACCGAGUGCAGAAGAAGGAAAAUCCGAUGUGACCGCGCAACUCCUUGCGGGCCCUGCUCCAAGUCAGUCCUACCGUGUGUAUACAGUCAUGUGUUGCCCGAAUCACACGCAAACGUGUAUUCUGAGCCACCAUCGAGCCUGGCUGGCAUCUCACAUUCAACACUCCAGACGCUGUUCGGUUCUCCCCCGGCCAUCACAGACCUGCCAUCACCGAGGGACUAUUUUGUUUUGCCGACAGCAACUGAGGCUCCGAUAGCCAUGGCAGCCGAUCACCCACCGGGUCCAACCAUCUCCAGUAUUGCGAGUUGUGAUCCCCUCGCCAGCCCGUUUUUUUGGCGAACACCCACCGAAAGCCUGUCUGGCUCAGAGCAUCAAUUUACCGAAGCAGCUGUUUUGGGCACUAGUCACUGGGAAAAGGAGUUGGAUCGUUUCGAGCAACUGCAAUUUCUCCGCCAUGCUCCCCAUGAUCUGGGACCGGAGUUUCAGAAUCUCCGACCCCUGCUGGAACGAUCACGGGAGUUAGAGAAGGAAAGAGUAGCCCUAAACCGGCCGAUAGACAUUGCGUCCUGCGUAGACUGUCGCUGUAUGGUUCCUGACCGUGGGACCUGUGAUCGCCUAGUAGACCUAUAUAUGACCACCUUUGAAUCGGUGGUCCGUAUUGUCCAUGUCCCGUCCUUUCUUCAAGACUGCCGACAAUACUGGCAAGAUCCACAGAGUGUGAGCGACUCCGUGGUAUGGAAACUACUGCUUGCCAUGGCAGUGGGCGUGUUUGUUUGCCCGGGCUCUACAGCGCUGCAGUCGGAUGCCGCAGCGUGGAUCCUUGGCGGGCAUCGAUGGCUCACCCAUCGCAGCGUUGAAAGUGCCCAGUUUGAUCUUAACACGCUCCAGAUCAGCUGUCUAUUAUUCGUCAAUGGCCAAACCUCCCGAGUCGGAAGCAAACCCGUCUGGUUACUCAAGGAGACCCUGAUCUGCAUGGCAAUGAAACUGGGGCUCCAUCAAGAGCCCAGCACGCAUUUCCCCAACAUGUCCCCCAGCGAGGCCGAGAUGCGACGAAGGCUAUGGGCCACUGUCCUUGAAAUCGCUAUCCAAUCCAGUUUCGAGUCGGGCCUUCCUCCAUUGAUCUCUUCCGAGGGCUACGACUGUACCCCGCCGUCGAAUCUGGAUGACGCUGACCUGCUGGGCAAUGAAUCUUUAGCGCCUCAACCACUCACAGUCUUCACUCAGUCUACAGUAUCAACGAUGCUAGCCAAGACACAGCGCAUUCGUUUGCGCAUUUUGCAUCUUGUAAAUGCACCGGGCACCAGUCUCACCUAUCAAGAUGCGCUAGAAUUGGCAAUGGAGCUUCACAGCAUCAUCAAUGCGAAUCUCACUCACAUACAAUCCCUCACCCCGUCCUCAACCGGGCCCACAGACUUCCACUUCAAAAUUCUAGACGUCUGCACCCGUCGCUUUCUACUCGCUCUACAUACCCCGUUUGCAGGCCAACCCAAGGCCAACCCAUACUACUACUACUCCCGCAAGGUGCGCAUAGAAGCAGCAGCGCUGCUGCUCACGCAUCAUGUACCGCAACUCGACGAUCAUACCGUUGCCGAUAAUCACUACACCGAACUCCUACUAUGGGGAGACGGAUUCUUCACCAACGCACUCCGACACGCCGCCAGUACUCUCUGUCUCGAUCUAGUCGACAGUAUAACAGAGAAUGCAUUCCCAAUGACGGAUCGCGGCAGCCACGAUCAUCUGUACCAAGUCAUACAAGACGCAAUUGCGAUAUUUGAGCGCCGCGCGCUUCGAAAUCCAUCUACUCAUAAUGACUAUGUUUUCUUUUCCUGUGCCACCGCCCAGAUCCAAGCCAUGCGUGCAAAUAAACCUAUUAACACCGCUAUCUACCAAGCAGCUGAGCGGAGCUUGGAUCGUUGUUGUGCUGCAUUGGAAGCUGGUCGGGGCAGCCGGGGCGAACGGAUAUCGCUUCCCUUGUCGCCGUCGGGCUCGGAUGAUCCGUGUUUGUUUCCUUCUGCGAAUGAUCCAGAUUUUGGAUUUUGGAAUGAUUUUAUAGCUCGUCGGCAAUUCACUCGUUGA